GAAAUGCUCCAAUGACCGCUGACACGAUUUGACAUGCGUGCCAUUAUUUCCACUGAUGCCGCAGUGGGUGUGCGUGCCGUACGUUCUGAACGGCCCCGCAGUGGGAACUGUGACGGGUCCCGAGACCGACUGGCUCGGACUGGCUCCGCAAGCGAACGCCGUCCAGCUCUUCGACGGCUUUCUCAUGACCGCCCUCGGAGGCAUCCCGUGGCAGGUCUAUUUUCAAUGCAUACUGGGCUGCAAGAGCGACUUCGCCGCCGAGGUGCUUUCGUAUGUGGCCGCCCUAGGAUGCAUCGUCAUGGCGGUCCCGCCGAUGAUCAUCGGAGCAGCAGCUAAGAGCACAAACUUCACGGCGGCGGGCUACCUGGGCCCUUGGCAGCUGCGCGACAAGUCCAGUGUGCUGCCGCAGUCGAUCCGCUACCUGACUCCGGCCGUGGUCUCCGUCAUGGGCAUGCUGGGCAUCACGGCGGCCGUCAUGUCGUCCGCCGACUCGUCCAUGUUCAGCGCCUCAGCCAUGGUCACCAAGAACGUCUACCACGUGCUCAUACGGCCGGACGCGUCCGAGACGGAGGUGGCCGUGAUUCUGCGCAUCGCGGUCUGCGUGAUCGGCGCCUCGGCCACCUACCUGGCGCUGUCGGUGGAGUCGGUGUUCGGGCUGUGGACACUGUGCUCGGACGUGGUGUACGUGCUGCUCUUCCCGCAGUUCGUGUGCAUCUUCUACCUCAAGGGCACCAACACCUACGGCUCCAUCAUUGCGUUCGUGCUGGGUGCCAUCUCGCGUUGGUUGUGCGGCGAGCCGUCGGUGAGCCUGACGACGUCGGUACGUGCGCCAGUGAACGACCCCCAGCGAGGCCAGCCGUUUCCUUUCCGGCUGGCCUGCAUGGUGCUAGGCAUGGCCGCGCUCGUCAUCGGCUCACUGGUAUCCGCCAUGGCGUUCGAGAAGCAGUGGCUGCCGCCACACUACGACGUAUUCGGCUGCUUCCGCACGCCCCAACCCGGAGAGUGCUCAAGCCGACGCGACGGCAAGCUUUGGACCAGACCAGAAGUCACCGAGAACGAACAGAGCGCCAGGGCAGGUGCGGAAUCCGGCAGGUCGGAGCUGACCAACAGGAGCGAGCGGUCGCAGAUGCCUGCUGGGAGGUCUCGCGGGGCAAGCAUUGCAGCGUCCGAGAUCUCCAGCAAGAGCUAUCGGAGCCAGGGGACGGCGGACUCCAGCAGACGGCGCAAGUCUAGCGGUGCUGCGUCUUCCGCAAAGACGCCUGACACGACCAACAGGGGCGGCCGAGUCAGCAAGCACCGGCAGCGCCACGCCAAGCAGGCAAGCAACGAAACGAAUCUGACCAUCAAGGACGCGGAGAUAUCCGGCUCCUCUCGGAGGGGGCGGCGCAGUGACAAGCCCCCGGACAAAUAGCGUCUGCGGGGGGAGGCGGACCGAACGAGCGGGCGUGGUUCUUUCCUGGACUAUACGCUUCCUCGAUGCCAGCGCGGUAGCACAGCCCCAUGUCCUGGACUGGCACCAUAGUACCAAGGACAGUCGCAACCCUGUCCUGGGACGAAAUCUUGCUAAACCGCAGCAUGGUAACAGGACCAAGGAAGGCCUCGCUCGCCGUUGAGCUUCGCCGUCGCCCGCUUAUAUUAUGUGUAUGCGUGUGUGCUGGGCCGGGGAAGCGGGAUAGUAAAUGGAGAGCGCGUUCACAAAGAAGACACUGACGAUGUGCUCGCCACGAGUGCGACGGACAAUAAUGAUUCCCACCAAGGUCGCACGUGAUCGCGCAGAUUAAGAAUGGGCCGCGUGACAGGAAACCAGGACGGCCAACCAUAGGGUUAAAUUAGCGGUUAAGUUCGCAUAUGGGGCUGUGCAAGUUUUUACAGACGAAGGAAAGCAAAGCACUGUGCCUGUCACACACAUGGUCAACGUUAAUAAUUGCAUGUUCGUUGAAAUGAA